GAGAGAGCGAGCGAGCGAGCGAGAGAGAAGCAGGCGGGGGAGCGCGAGCCAGCAGCGGAGAGAGAAGACCCGGUAGAGCGCGAGGAGGGAGAGAGAGAGAGAGUGAGAGAGAGAGAUCGAGAGUGAACGAGAGGAGAGAGAGCGACGACCGUCAGGGUCCGGGUGCCUGAGGGACGGACGACACGGAGAGGGGGAGGACUGAGUGAGCCACCGACCGACCGACAGACCGACCGACCGACAGAUUGAAUGAAGCUGCACCUGGUGCUUCUGAGGGCCUUUCCCAUGUUUUGAUUUUGUUCCACUUUUUUGUUUCUUUUUUUUUUUUAAAACACGUUCUACACUUGGUUUCACCGAGCCGCUCUUUGCCAUGCCGUCCAACAGUCCUGCUGCCACCGAGCCGCCCCAGACACCAGAGAAUGACAACUCCAAUGAUGUGAGUGAAGAUGGAGCAGACCAGGACAGUCCAGAGGAGGGGACGCCAGCGAGUCCCCGCAACAAGCGCAGAGUGGGCCGUCCUGGCAGGAAACGCAAACAGCUGCUUCCUGAGAUGGCGACCUCUGACCCCUGUGCAAAUGCCCCCCCAACCCCGCCUGAGGAGCCGGAGGCCUCCCCCUCCCCUCGCAAGAAGCGCGGGCGUCGGAAACUGGAGCAAACUGAGAGGAAUAAGGACGAGCCAGACGACAGAAACUGCGACUCCCCCAGAGAGGGCGAGACUGGGAGGCUGCGGAGGAGGCCAGUCCCCAGAGUGACUUUCCAGGCCGGCGACCCGUACUACAUCAGCAGGAGACAGAGAGAAGAAUGGCUCAGCCGCUGGAAGAUGGAGGCAGAGCGGCGGGCGUACAGGGAGGCCGAGAUGAACAUGAUGGACGACCUGUCGGAGGCCGACUUUCAGAAAGAGGAGGAGCCGGCCAGCCCGGCUCCCCCGCCUUCGCAGCAACACACAGACCCCGCCUCCCCGACGGUCGCCGUGACGCCGGAGCCGGUCGCCAGGGGAGACCAGGCCACGCCAAGUGAGAUAGAGUAUCAGGACGGCCGGGGCUUUGGCAUCGGCACGCUGGUGUUCGGGAAGCUGCGAGGUUUCUCCUGGUGGCCCGGCAGGAUCGUCUCUUGGUGGAUGAGCGGCCGGAGUCGAGCGGCCGACGGCACUCGCUGGGUCAUGUGGUUCGGAGACGGCAAGUUCUCUGUGGUGUGUGUGGAGAAGCUGAUGCCCCUGAGCUCUUUCUCAUCAGCUUUCCACCAGCCCACCUACAACAAACAGUCCAUGUACCGGAAAGCCAUCUUCGAGGCUCUGCAGGUGGCCAGUGUGCGAGCGGGGAGGCCAGUCCCUUCCUGUGACGCGAGUGACGACGCAGAGGGCGUGGAGAUUCAAACCAGACAGAUGAUAGAGUGGGCCAUGACCGGCUUCCUACCCAAUGGUCCACAAUCCUUGGACCCUCCAGAAGAGGAGCAGAAUCCAUAUAAGGAAGUGUAUCCAGAGAUGUGGGCCGAGCCUGAGGCGGCGUACACGCCUCCACCUGCAAAGAAACCACGCAAGAACUCAGCCGAGAAAGCAAAGAUCAGAGAGGUCAUCGACGAGGGGACCAGAGAGAGACUUAUAUACGAGAUCAAAAAGAAGACCAGGAAUAUAGAAGAUAUCUGUAUUUCCUGCGGAAGCCUCAACGUCUCUCUGGAGCACCCUCUCUUCGUAGGAGCGAUGUGCCAGGGUUGCAAAAACUCGUUCCUGGAGUGCGCCUACCAGUACGACGAUGACGGCUACCAGUCCUACUGCACCAUCUGCUGUGGAGGCAGGGAAGUGCUCAUGUGUGGCAACAACAACUGCUGUCGGUGUUUCUGCGUGGAGUGUGUGGAUCUGUUGGUGGGACCGGCUCAGGCGGCGGCGGCCAUCAAAGAAGACCCGUGGAACUGCUACAUGUGUGGCCCCCGGAACACCUACGGUUUACUGCGACGACGGGACGACUGGCCCUGCAGACUACAACACUUCUUUGCCAACAACCACGAACAGGAAUUCGAGCCAGCCAAGUUGUAUCCUCCAGUCGCGGCAGAGAAGAGGCAACCAAUCAGAGUCCUGUCUCUGUUUGACGGCAUCGCCACAGGUCUGCUUGUGCUGAAGGAUUUGGGGAUCCAGGUCGACAAGUACGUGGCGUCUGAGGUGUGUGAAGACUCCAUCACUGUCGGCAUGGUUCGACACCAAGGACGCAUCAUGUACGUGGGAGACGUACGCAACGUAACUCGCAAACAUAUCGAAGAGUGGGGACCAUUUGACCUGGUGAUCGGAGGAAGCCCCUGCAACGACCUCUCCAUAGUCAACCCUGCACGGAAAGGCCUUUACGAGGGAACCGGCCGGUUGUUUUUCGAGUUUUACCGUCUGCUCCAUGAGGCUCGACCAAAACCGGGCGACGAGCGGCCGUUUUUCUGGCUGUUUGAGAACGUGGUCGCUAUGGGAGUCAGCGACAAACGAGACAUCUCUCGCUUUUUAGAGUGUAAUCCAGUGAUGAUCGACGCCAAGGAAGUCUCCGCUGCCCAUCGUGCUCGCUACUUCUGGGGCAACCUGCCAGGCAUGUCCAGACCUCUGACACCGAUGGCGAACGACAAGCUGGACCUCCAGGAGUGUCUCGAGCACGGGCGCACGGCCAAGUUUGAGAAGUUGCGUACGAUAACGACACGCUCCAACUCUGUGAAGCAGGGGAAAGACGAGCAUUUCCCCGUCUACAUGGACAACAAGGAGGACAUCCUCUGGUGUACCGAGAUGGAAAGGGUGUUUGGUUUCCCCGUCCACUACACUGACGUGUCCAACAUGAGUCGUCUCGCCAGGCAGAGGCUGCUGGGACGUUCCUGGAGCGUCCCUGUCAUCAGGCACCUCUUCGCCCCGCUCAAGGAGUACUUCGCCUGCAACUAGUCUCACACACACACACACACACACACACACACACACACACACACACACACACACACAAAACCAACUCUCUCUCUCUCUCUCUGUCACACUUAAACACACACAUACAUACAGGCAUAAGCAGUAUGUAAUGGCAGACACACACAGAUAAUUACACACGGCUAGUACAUGAAGGUUGGCUGACGCAGGAUGACACAGAUGACCACACACACACACACACACACACACACACACACACACACACACACACACACACACACUGUAAAGGACUGCUUCCCAAGAUCCCAUGUAGACCACUGGCUGACCUUAGUCCCCUGGUGCUACCUUGCUGAUUUACACACACACACACACACACACACACACACACACACUGGGUGCAGGGUUUCUGUUACUGUAAAUCCUCACACACAAACUUCCUGUCCGACCUUGAAACUGAUGUCUUCUGGCUUUACUGUGUCGUGGUAGCUGGAGUUCAAACCUACGAGGCGGAGUGGAGGAGGAGGGAGGAGGAGGAGGAGGAGGAGGUGGGGGAGGGGGGGAGGCGUAAAACUGACAAAGAUGCCCUGACUUUUCUGUUUUUUAAUCUCUCUCUCUCCAGAUACAUCAACACACCAAUGAACCCCUCUGAACCAUUAACACUUAACUGUAUUCAUGCGUAGUAGUGACAGUACUGCUGGUGUAUUACAGUGCAAUGAACACGCACACUGACACACACUCACACACACACACACACACCAGUUAAUGCUCAUGGUGCUGGUCAGGCAGUGAUAGAGUCCAAAUGGUGCCACUUUAAUACAACACUUUUACAGUUUUUGGUGCUCUUGGAGACUGAACGGUCUCUGGUUCGUUUCAGUCGCUGCAGCAUGGCGUCCCUAACCGAGUCAAACCAAACGAUUAACAAGCAGGCGGAUUUGGUGCGCAGGGGAGCGUCCUAAAGGCGGAUAGGAUUGUUACGAAUAAAUCAGAUUGUAAUUUGUUCUGUUUCUUGGAGGAAAUGCUGCUCUGGAAGUAAAAAAAUCUCUGUAAAUGAGUUAAACCUCAGUGGGCUGAGACAAAAAACUAAAACCUGAGGGAGACUACUUAUAGUUGAAAUAUGGUCACUGAUACCUGCAACAUGAAACACUGAAAAUAAGAGAGUGAUUAUUUGCAUGGUGAUUUUCUUUUGCUAGUCUUCCUGAGGUUCGUAAAUAUACUCAAAUAUACAUAUGGGACAAACUCUAGACACUAAAGCAUAACUCCAGUAUUUUUGAACCUUGUUUUCCCAUUUAUUCUGAAGUAAAUGAUUGAUAGGAAGAAAAAUCUUUUCCAUUGGUUCAGUAUUGAGCAAGAACGGUGUACCGUUCACUACCAGACUCCAUUGACGAAAACAGCAAUUUUACUGAGCAGAACACAGACGCUGCUGGGAUACUUGUGCCUUGAUCGAUUUGUUUGUUUGUGUUAUUGUGUGAAGCUCAGUCAUUUACUGAAGUAAAAAUACCACACAGUAACACGAACUAACUAACUGCUUGAGGUACGAGUAUUCCAACAGCUCCUGUGUUCCGCACCGUAAAAUUGCUGUUUUCGUCAAUGGAAUCUGGUAGUGAGAAUAGCAAUGUUUCAGGUUAAACUAAAAGGAUCUCACUCUUUAAUAAAAAGGCCUGCCUCUGUAGGAAUCUUAUGCAUAAUGUUGUCAAAAAUCCGAGCCUGUCAGUCGAAGUAAAAAUCAGCUAUUUACACCCAAAAACAUGGAAAAAUAAGGUCCAGGUUAAAAAAAAUAAUGUAGUUUUCAUUUAACGGGAAGAAAAAUAACACAAAGAGCAAAGAAUACAACAAAAUGUAAUAAUAGUGAGUUUAAAACAAGAAAAAAACAAGGGACAGGCCAUAUGUGUCUUCGUGAAAAUACUUAAUGAGUAUAUAUAUCAGAGCCAUAGUGGAGCUGUCAACAACAAACAAUAAAAGCAGAGUGAAUGACAAGGCCACACACUCAUGUUGGGGUAAAACCAUCCUUUGUGUUUGUUUCACAGAGUUAGUGUUAGAAAAAUUGUGAACAUAGUGAAGACAAAGAGUAAAAUCAGCUUUUAUACAUAGCACUAAGCUAAAAAAUACAGAAUAUCACUGCAUGUGUCUCAGCUGUCAGGAACUACAUCCACCAUUAGGUUUCCAUACAAUAAGCACUCGUACUGUUUUGAUUAUUUUUCGGUGGUUUUUGGAAUAUUUUAGGCAGUGAUUGUAUAUUAAGGUUAGUUAAUGCUUUGGUGAAUAUGCUGUGAAAUACUGUACACUUGUAGCAUUUUAACAGUGGGUCUGUUUCCUCAUAUUUAGUAUAUGCUGGUUGUUACUCAGUAACAUAUGUAAAAGUGCUGUUGUGUUGCAUUGAUUACUGUUAACUGUGAUAACGACUGUGACGUUCAUCUUUCAUGGUGCAAAAUUGGAAUAAUGCUGUAUGUCAGUUGUCUGAUAGUGGCUGUGGAUGUUACAGUUAAUGUCUGUGUAGAAAUUAGCCCCAGUAAACGCCAUCAGGAGGUGGUAGAUCAUGAUACUGUACCAAACCGUGGCCAGCGUAAUGGGAUCGUUUCAUUAAGCAGCCGGUAACAAAGGACACUAUCUAAAGCCAAAAAACAGUUACUGUAUACUGUGAACUGACGAUAUAAGAUAGUCUUUCUCUGUAGCUUUUUUAACUUGGAUGUGGCUCAGUUUGUUUUUACCCAUUAUGAGUGUGGCUUUAGUUGUGAAGUUUGUGAAACUGUAACAUAGUCAAAUACGUCCUAUAUACACCUGUAUUUCUUUUUAUGACCCUGACAUUAGUCUGUUUAAAGUCUGGUUUCUGCUUUACGUAACUAGACGAUAACUAGACUUGACAAACAACAGCCCCUGAGCCGAAAAACAACAAAAAAAACAUCCUAAAACCAGGAAGUAAGUUAGCAUUUUAGCGCUAUCGGUGCCUUGUCCUUAAUCAGUGUGUUUUUAGCUAAAUGCCUGAAAUAAGGUCUGUGGUUUUAACACAAGCUCAAGACAUUUUCAGGUUUUAUUCUACGACAUAAAAUACGUCAGAAAAUCCCCCACUUGUUGUUGGUUUUUUUUAAAGCUUUUACGUGUUUUAAAAAAGGCAGGUGCUAACAAGCGGCUAAAUGAGACUACAGAGGCUGUCAACAUCUUAAAACCGCAAAUGAAAACCAAUCUAAUCAGUUUAUCUUCUCGCUCUUUCAAAAUAUCACUAACUUUUUAAGAAGAAAGGCUUUUGAUAGAAGAGCUCAGAGUUAAAUUAUAUUAAAAGUUGGAAGCUUAGUGGUGGAGACGCUGACGUCAUGUGACCGUGGUGUCGUUGGUUUAUAGCCUAACAUUAGCUUUUUACUUCUGGUGAUUGUAUUUAGGCUUCAAACAUCAGAACAAACAUCUUAAAACAUCUAAAACACAUUAAGUUUUUGGCUCCAUCCAGGAAGGUUUAACUCAUCCUGUGAGAUUAUUUCCUCCUCUCGAGCAGUUUUUCUAUCUGAGCAGCGUUUUAAAUUUGAAUCCUUCUUGCAAAGUUUGCGUCUGUGUUGUAUACAGAGAGGUCAAAGAGAGCAGCGAUCCGCUUUCAGCGGGGACGGAGAGUAAGGGAAGUCAGUGGGGGAUGAAAACUUAAACCCUUCCAGUUAUUAUACAACAUCUCUCGUGCCUCAGCCCCUCGGUGUUGCCCUUGUUUUUUGGCGUCUGGUGAUGAGAAGCGACCGGCGAGUCCACCAUCCCUUGCAGUUCCCGCUCCUACUUUGCUUCAUAGGGAUCCAAAAUGUCCUCCAUUUACUGAUAUCGCAGCGACAUCCACUGAAACCAGAGGCAGACCUUUAUUCUGUAGACACUAUGCCGGUUUUCUACUUCCUGCGACUGAAACAGAUAGCCCUGUAUAAAUAACAGAUACCUCCUCACAUUACACAGAUACAACUGUACGACCUUGUCUUCGGGUGUUUCCUCUGCCUUUUUGAUGCCCGGUGCAUGCUGGGAUAAACUCAGCCCCUACGUAACCUUGACUAGGAAUGAAUUGUCAUGACGUGUGGCAGAUAAUAAUAAUAAUAAUAAUAAUAAUAAAAUGUUUUCAGAGAUUACGACACAGAUAAUGUGUGUAAAUGCUGAUGUAUGUUUUAUUUACACGGGGCUGUCUUUUGAGAAGAACAUCUCUUUCAGUCUGGUGCUUUUGGUCUUCAGGCGACCAUCUUUUUUCCAGGAAGCCUUCCAAUCCUCUGACCUUCCUCAGAUACCAGCUAACAACUGGACACAUGCAGUCUACACACACACUCACACACACACACACACACAAACAGUCACACAAACCAACAGUAAACCAGCAGGUUCAAAGUAUUCAAAGUUUUUCCAUCAUGUUUACUCUCUCCGUUUAUACAACCAACCUUCAGGUGCUUUUUAAACUCUGCUCUUUUUUACAGUGCUCUUGCAGGUUACUCAUACACACACACACACACACACACACACACACACACACACACACACAAAUACGCAAACAUUUUGCUGGAAACACGGUGCCGACUUACAUGCUUUCUCUAAACUCCUUUUGCUAUACAAACCACAUUACUAACACACACGCAUACAAGCAUACACACUGUGUUUUUUGCCGGCCGCCUGUUGCCACCAGGCUUCUUACGGUGCCGCCGCCGGGUGCGACGUCACGCACCCCCCGCGUCGCUUGGUGCUCCCAUCCCCUGCCCGCCAACCCACAUAAAAUCCCUCCCACUACCCCACCCCCAGGUGCUGCAUGUCAGUCAGUCAGUGUAAUCUCCGAUUCCAUGUUAGAUUAGGGAGUAAUGAUAAUUAAAAUAAUGGUAAUAAUAUUACAAUAAUAAUCUGUUAUUGUGUGUGUGUACUGUUCCAGGUUGGUGCUCAGUUCAGUUCAGUCUCAGCCUAGAGAGGAGAGAGAGAGGCUAGAGAAAGCAUAUAUUACAGUUAGUAUAGUGACUUGUUCUAUUGUAUCCGAGGAUGCCAGAAGAAAUUGUGUGAGCGACAAGCUACAGGACGCUCUCAAACAGGAGACGAGUCGAAAUAACACCGAUAUGUAGUGCUGUUAAGCAGGUGAAACAGGUGACUGAUAAGUUGGUGUCCUAAGGCAGAAGGAGGUGAGUUAGACAGGUCUCUUUACGUGCAGAUGCAGCUCAACUCUUUGGGUGAUUCUGCAGAAAGUUUGAGGUGAAUAACUUCUGUGGUUUUUCUUUUUCAGGUGAUUGAAAAUUGCACUGUCUGAGAAAAUGCUCCACGUCAUCGUCACUGUCAAAAUGGCGACCGGCUGAGCGCCCUCUUCAUCCUGGGGAAGAGGCAGUAAUCUGAGAGGCUAAAUCAGGUGAACAGAGCGAGUUCAGAUCCACAGUUGAGGCCGAUGGCGUCCAUUUUCUCAGACAGAGCUGACUUUCAAUUUUCAGUUACCUGAAACAGAAACACAACUAAAGUUAAUAACUUCAAUUUUUCUUUACGGUGCACAUAAUGAGAGCUGUUUAACUCAUCUCCUUCUAUCUUAAACUUAUCAAUCACCACUUGUGUAUCUAUAAAUUACAACAACUUUGUCAUUAAAUGCCCAGAAAUAAUACCCAACAACAUCAAUAGAAACAUUAUUCUCUAAGGAAAAAUGCCUUGAAAAUUUCUCUGUGUUUCCACUGGUUCCCAAACUUUUUAUCUAAAAGAGGUCUGCCACACAAAAUUAAGUGAAAAACUAAAUAUAGGACAGUUUUACCCAAGGCUACAACUAAUGAUUCUUUUCCUUAUUGAUCACUCUUCUGAUUAUUUUCUUGAUUAAUCAUUUAGUCUGAUCAUGAGUUCCACAAGCUGAAUGUCAGGUCUUCAGAUGUCCUGUAUCGUCCGACCAAAGAUUUUCAGUUUGCUCUCAAAGAAAACUAAAAAAAUCAGAAAAUGGAGCUUAACAGAUAUUUUGGAAAUUUACACAUGCUAAAACAGUACAAACAGCAAUGGAAAUUAAUGUGCAGAGAGAUAAAAAAGCUUAAAGAUCUUAUCUUUGUAAAAUAUAUAAACUCUGCGUGUACUUGAAGUACACUAUUACUUCUUUUUCACAAGCCAAAAAGGUUGAGAAUUACAAAUGAAGAUUAUAAAACAGAGAUUUAACUCUUCUUUUCCAUAAAUUAGGACCUCUGCACGACAGGAUGUCUGCUCUUAACUGACCUUUGGCUUGUGAGAUGUUGGGAAAGUUGAAGUUUAGAUGCUUGGUCGAGUCGAUCAGUGAAAAAAUAAAGAAUGAAAAAGGCAUUAAAUGGUCUCACAGACUUCCCUCCUUGAGUUUUAAUCUUGUAUAUAAAAGCAUGAAGCUGAGUUUCCUGAAAUAAGGAACAAGAACCUUAAAAAGUCUGGGAACCACUGGCUCAUUUUUCAUUCUCACUAACAACAGCAGCAGCAGUGUUAUUUCAACGUUCACCUGUCUGAGAGCGCAGCCAGUAAAAAAAAGCGUGAGGGACGGAGUCGACAUUUUUAAGAUGAUGGGUGACACGGUGAUGAUGUUUCUGUUCGCCUAUCGACAGCUUUUAGGCUGAGUGAUGCGCUGUUUUAAACACUGAUACACUUAAACAAAAAUAACACACAAAAACACUGUUAAUCGACACAGAGCGAACGACGCUCAGACGCAGAGAUACAUGCACAACACCUACAAAUACAAUGCUGUGGCGCAUGCAGACACUCAUCUCAUGGACUAAAUGAAAGAUGAGCUUUUAGGAAAAGGAGGACCCGGUGGUGUUUCAAAAGGUGCUAAAAUUUUAUCUGAAAAUAAGAAAAAUAUAUUGUUAGGAAUAUAAAUCAAGUUUGUCUUUACAAUGACUGUAUUUAAGUUUGUCGUAGUAAUGAAAAGGCACUAUUAUUUUACUCUUGUAUGAAUAUGAACUAAUUAAAAAGGCAUUUUAACUUUGUACUUGAACAAUGUAAGAAAUGAACCGUGAAUAAAAAAGGACUGUUUCUUGUGA